UUGGAGGUGGAGGUGGAGGGAGGGCCAGUCUUGUUUGCCCAUGUAAAGUGUGAUCCAGAUAAUAGCAUUCUCAUCAAAGGCAGCAAUUACAUUCAUUACAACGGCGCGAGGCGCGCCUGCAAGGAAAUUAAGUGGGCUUUCUUCCAGUGUAUAUUUGUACUACCAUCACUUCUUCCAAUGGGGGAGGAAAAGCCGGACACGCUGGACUUUGUGAAGGAUUUCCAGGAGUAUCUGAGCCAGCAGACACAACAUGUCAACAUGAUAUCGGGCUCUGUCAGUGGUGUGAAGGAGGCGGACGAGCUGCCAGCAGACUGCAGUCAGAACGGGCUGGAUCACCCCUCUGUUGACAUGUCUCUGGAGGACAGCUCUGGGAUCUUGGUGGAUGGUUUUGAGAGGACCUAUGACGGCAAGCUCAAAUGCCGGUAUUGCAACUACGCCACCAGGGGCACAGCACGACUCAUUGAACACAUUCGGAUUCACACAGGAGAGAAACCUCACCGCUGCCACCUGUGCCCGUUUGCCUCAGCCUACGAGCGCCACCUGGAGGCCCACAUGCGCUCACACACAGGUGAGAAGCCCUACAAGUGUGAGCUGUGCUCCUUCCGCUGCAGCGAUCGUAGCAACCUAUCGCACCACCGACGCAGACGCCACAAACUCUUGCCUAUGAAAGGUGCUCGCUCACUCUCUCACAAAAAGAUGCUGAGCGUUUUGCAAAAAAAAGCCAGCUCGUUGGGCUACGGCCGGAGGCUCCUCAUCAACUUCAGCCCCCCCUCCAUGGUGGUGCACAAGGCUGACAAUGUCAGCGACUUUUCCCACGAGCUGCCCCACUUGCGUCAGGAUGCCUACGAUAAUCAGAGUCGAGCGGUCGAGGAGGGAAUCUCCACAAGUCAAAAUCACCAUCAUCACGACAUGGUCAUGGACAACCCCCUGAAUCAGCUGUCCACGCUGGCAGGCCAGUUGGCCAGCCUCCCGUCGGAGACCCAGGCCCAGACUCAGCCGCCCAUGUCACCUGGAGCCGAGUCCGUCGUGGAUGAGAAGCCCUUCCUCAUCCAGCAGCCUCACCCCGCCACCGCCCCCGUUGCCGUCACUGCCAGCAUGGCUCACGCCUCUUCCUCUUCACCGAUAACUCCCGAGCCCCGGGCUCCCCCACACAGCCACUGCAGCCCAGGAGGGGGGCCGUGCAGCGAGCACAGCGGGCGCACCAGCACUCCCAGUAUUUCCAACAGCCAGCCCAGCACACCAGCACCAGGCCAGUCCGCCCCUCCACAGGACCCCCACAUGCUCCAUCACUGCCAGCACUGUGACAUCUACUUUCCCGACAACAUCCUUUACACCAUCCACAUGGGCUGCCACGGCUAUGAAAACCCAUUCCAGUGCAACAUCUGUGGCCACAAGUGCAAGAGCAAGUACGACUUUGCCUGCCACUUUGCCCGUGGGCAGCACAAGUAA